GAAUCUCGAUCAAAGGCUUCUCGUAGCUCUUUUUUUGUGUCUAAUCUCACGCACGACGCAGCGAGAGAGCCCUUACCUUGCGACCAAAAAUAUUCCAUUUUUUCUUUUUUUGUAUCUUCUUCGUCUUCUCCGUCUUCUCCGAUCGAAUUCUCCAAAUCAGCUUGAAUAAGCUUUUAUUUCAUCUUGACUUUAUUGGCGGUUGUUGUUGAAGCUGUGUAGCUCUUAAUAAUAGGGGCUAUGCAGUCAACGAGUUGCUGGUCUUGAAGACGAAGGCGAGGAACUGAGAUAAAUAUCACAAAAAAACAUAUUUAUAAGGUUGCAUUUUUAGGCAUGUCGCGUUUCGAAUGCAGUGGUUAUGAUAUCUCAAGUUGCUUAAUUCAUCUCGCUGAAUGGCAUCCUUUGGAAUAGACAAGUUUAUCGGGCUUGAAGCCCUCUAAACCCCUUUUUGUCGCGGGGUUACUCACAGCACGUUAUAUUUAAUCAUACAGCAAAAUUUUUUAGUUUUUUUGAGGGAAGUAGAUCAUGUUUCGUGAUGGUUUUUUGUUUGCCCGUACAAUGGGUUGCUUUGGAUGCUUUGGCGCUUCUGCUAGAACCCGUCAAUAUCCAGAGCCUGAGGAAAAUGAUACAAAUUCAUGUAGUAGUGAUGGAGUUGAGAGAAGAGAUGACGAUGAAGAAGAUGAAGAAGAAGUAGAGCAGAAGAGCCGCUCUAAAAGAUCCGAGGAAAUUUUGAAAUAUAGAUUAGAUAAUGGGUUAAUCUGCAGGCAGUUUCCAGUGAAAGAAACUAAUGAACUUAUCCGUGGAGAGGAUGAAGAUGGGAAUAAGAUGAUCAAUGAGUAUGUUCGCGAGUGUAAAAUUGGAGCCGGUAGCUAUGGUAAAGUGGUUUUAUAUCGAAGCACUGUAGAUGGCCAGAACUAUGCUAUCAAGGCAUUUCACAAGUCGCAUUUAUUAAGGCUAAGGGUUGCACCUUCAGAGACAGCUAUGAGUGAUGUUCUUCGAGAGGUUAUGAUUAUGAAAAUUCUGGAGCACCCUAACAUCGUUAAUCUCAUUGAGGUCAUAGAUGACCCCGAAAGUGAUCAUUUUUACAUGGUUCUCGAAUACGUUGAUGGAAAAUGGGUGUAUGAUGGUUCUGGACCACCUGGUGCUCUGGGAGAGAAAACUGCUAGAAAGUAUUUGCGGGAUAUCGUUGCUGGCCUGAUGUAUCUUCAUGCUCAUAAUGUAAUUCACGGAGACAUUAAACCCGACAAUCUGCUGGUUACUAGUAGCGGUACAGUGAAGAUAGGAGAUUUCAGUGUCAGCCAAGUAUUCAAGGAUGAUGAUGAUCAACUGCGUCGAUCUCCCGGGACUCCAGUCUUCACUGCUCCUGAAUGUUGUUUAGUAUCAGGUAUAACGUAUAGUGGCAGAGCAGCGGAUACAUGGGCAGUUGGAGUUACUUUGUAUCGUAUGAUAUUGGGACAAUAUCCGUUUCUUGCUGAUACUCUUCAGGACACCUACGACAAGAUUGUUAACAACCCUUUGAUAAUCCCGGAUGGAUUGAAUCCUCUUCUAAGAGAUUUGAUCGAAGGUCUCCUUUGCAAAAAUCCGAGUGAGAGAAUGACAUUGAAGAAUGUGUCGGAGCAUCCUUGGUUGAUCGGAGAAGAAGGGCAUGUUCUUGAGUAUUUUUGUUGCUGCAAACGCAAUUCCGCCUUAAAGAUUGAAGAAGCUAAUGGGAUCUCUGAAGAAAUCUCGGAUCAUAACCAAAAGAAAAGCUUUUCAUCGUUUUCAAGCCUGAUGAAAUAGAUUGCACACGUUAACAUCAGGCUAUCACAACUCCAUAACCGUACACGUUUGCGGUCAUUGUUUACCUUUUUAUUCCCCUUUAAUACUAGAUAAUUGUCAUGUUUUUGUGUAUUGAUUAUAAGUUUUAAAAUUAAUAUGACUGAUAUUGAUUUUUCAUUUUGAUGUUCUUUUACUUUUUCGGCUCAUUUUUUGUCAAGAUUCG